ACGAAGAAGUGGAUGACGGCCACACUGAAUCUCAGCGCAUGAACAGGAGCGUAUCGACCGAAGAAAAUCAGCAAUGCUGUCACCUUCUCCGCUCUGGUCCAGGAAUCCUGGAACACACAUACAACCGAAGGCAUCGAGUCAGCACGCUACUCCUGCCGGGACAUUGAGUCCCGUACGAUGGAUGACAAAGAAACGCUAUGAACCAUCGAAGGACAUGGUGAAGAGCAUGCGUCAGUUGUGUGAAACAAGUGAAGGGAACAAUGAAAGAAGGUCGCUGCUGAACAAGCGCAAACUGUCCUUGUGGCUCCCUGUAAUCUUCCUCACCACGCUCGUGCUGGUCGUCGCCGCGUAUGCGUUGAUUCAGAAAAUAUUGUCGAAGAGAUUGGCGCAGGCAAUACUAUGCAACAAUGACAUCUGCGCCGCGCAUGGCAACGCACUGAAAGCUGCUCUCAGCAAUGUCGUACAGCCUUGCGACAACUUCUACGAGUACGUUUGCGGAGGUUGGCAACCGAAGCAGAAAGCCGCUUCGUCCGUUCAAGAAGACAUGCUUUGGAACGCCGUCCUGCAGUAUACGCAGGAGUUGAGGACGGAAAUAUCUCUGCCAGCACGUCUCUAUAAUGUGUGCAUGCGCACGACGGCAGCGUCGAAUGACGACCGAGACAAGUUCCUCCAGUUCAUGAAGAUGAUGCAGAUGUCUUGGCCCGAAGAACCUCGAGGAGGCCUAUCACCAUUCGAUCUGCUCGUGAACCUGUCUGUGAACUGGAACAUGGGGCUGUGGUUUGAUGUCCACGUUAUCCGUCGCAGCGGGUCACUCCCCAUGGUCCAUGUGGACCAGGGAUCGAUAGGGCUUCCGUGGGUCCAGAGGCAGUCGGAUAUAGUGAAGCAGCGUUUGUACGAGACAUACGUCAAACAGUACGUUGCCGUCCUAGGAAGAACUGACAUGCUAGAGACGUCGCUCAAUAUAACCCAGUUGGAAGAGGACGAAGCCACAGUCCUUCUGAUAUUGGCCUCGGAAGCCGAAGAAGAUCGCAGAGAAGUGACAUUCCCCAUAGCUGGCAUCAGCUCCGUCACUGAGUCCGUUUCUGUAGAACACUGGUUGAGCACCUUAAAUGCCCUUUACCACCCGAUAUUCAACUUCACUGCCUCGGACAUUGCGUGCGUUCAGAAUGUCGCGAGACUGAAAGCCGUGGACAUGAUAUUGACAUCUAUACCGACUGGUCGGCUGAUGAACGUUAUCGGUUGGACAUUUGUGCAGAAGUAUGCACUGUUAGCGCUGCUGGGAUUUCCUCAGGCUGGAAUCCUCAUGUACGGCAGCGCAGAAGAAUAUGAAAGCAGAAAGUUCCUAUUCUGCUUCGAGAACAUUCAGAAAUCAUACGGCCUGCUGUCUGUAAUCGGCUUUCUCAAUACAAACUUCGGGAAGGAACAGCGCCAGAAGGUCGACCAACUGAUCCAGUCCGUAAAAAAUAGUUCAGAGCAGCUGAUUUCGAACUCCAGCUGGAUUGACAACGCAACGAAAUCCACAGCGGCGAGGAAAUUACUCGGUAUCGUCACGGACCUGUGGCCAGGAGGCGAUAUUCUGGGCUCCUCUGACGCACUUGCUGGUUACUACAAGGAGUUUCCGUCAGUCAACUCAUCGUUCUUCGACAGUUACCUGGCAACCGCGAAGACCGUAAGGGCCCUUCUUGGGCACGAGCGUAUCCAGGAGAUAUACAGCAAGUUUACUUUCACUCGAAAUAGCAUGAUCCGUUACAGUCACGUCAUGAACAAGGUAUUCGUUGCAUUACACGCAGUAGAAUUCCCAUUUCACCACCAUCACGGAACUCCCGCAAUGAACUACGGUGGCUUUGGACAAUAUUACGCGACUGAAAUAGUCAAGUCUUUCGAUAAGCAAGGCGCAUCUCUGACAGAAAACGGUGAAGAGGAGACCUGGUGGGGCAACGAUAGCCUCGCAGCCUACAACUCUAGGCUGAAUUGCGCCUUGAACAACAGGAGCGACGGAAGCCCCAUAUUUCCGCUCCUGCCAGCCCUUGCCAUAAGUUUCCGCGCCUUCGAGCAUGAAGCGAAGCAAGGGCAGAAACGAUCCCAGCGAUUAGCGACGCUUCCUCAGUUCACUGGCGAACAAAUCUUCUUCAUGAGCUAUUGCUAUACGCUGUGUUCGCGAAGCCGCAGUGAACAACACCGCUGUAAUUUCCCGCUGAUGAACUCGAAAGCGUUCUCGCAGGCGUUUGGGUGUUCACCGAAUUCCUCCAUGAACCCUCUGGAAAAAUGUGAUUUCUUCACUUAGUAAUCUUUGGUUCUCGAAGAGGAACUGUGGAUAACGAACUUUUCUGUCUUCAAGAUUCGGUCAGUUCUUAAAAUAUGAGAAGCUUUUAAGUGUCUAGUAUGUACUCUCGUGGUUAUAUACGGUGUGUGAUAUCAAAUA